AUGGAAUGCAAUAAACGGGCUAAUGUUGCACCACCAGUACUCCUAUCCACCAACAGAGACUGCUGUGGGGGUUUUGAAACUGAAGAAGUAGAAAGAGCAAGAGCUUUACGACAGCAGAUAAGCGAAGAAUCAGAUAUUUCUGUUUCGGAAAGCGAAAGCGGGAGCAGUAGUGAGAGCGAAAGCGAAGAGGAUAUCGACCAACGCUGGACAACAGAUGACUGGCCCGUCCAUGUUGAAGAAUUUGUCGAAUGCACUGGUCCAACUUCGCGUGUUCCAGAAGAUGGAACAGCUUUGGAUUUCUUUCUCCUUCUUUGGCCAGAGGAUCUGUUCGAGAAAAUUGUGGAGGAAACCAAUCGUCAUGCCGAACAGUGCAUUCAAACAAAGCCGGACCCGAGGUGGUAUGCAGCAACCUGCGAAGAAAUGCGAGCGUUCUUUGCAUUGAAUAUUUUGUUUGGGAUCAAGUCCUUGCCGGAAACAAGAAUGUACUGGUCUAGAGACAACUUUAUUGGUGUCCCAACCGUUCAAAAAGUCAUGCCAAGGAAUCGCUUCGAGAAGAUUCGACAAUAUCUCAGUUUGAAUAAUCGUUUGAACAUGUUACCGCGAAAUAACCCACGUUACGAUAAGCUUUUCAAGGUGCGUCCUUUGUUGAAUAGACUUCCCAGCACUUUCCGCGAAGAAUACCGGCCAUUGAAAUAUGUUUCAAUCGAUAAAGGAAUGGUGAAAUAUAAAGGAAGACUUGGGUUCAAACAGUAUAUGCCCAUGAAGCCCGUGAAGCGUGGAAUAAAAGUAUGGGUCCGUGCCAAUGCGACAAAUGGCUUCAUGGGUGCCAUGCAAGUGUACACAGGAAAAAAAGAUGGUGGCCAGCCUGAACACGGUCUCAGAAAUUGUGUUGUUUGUGACCUUGUCAGCGAUCUGAAGGGAAAACAUCACAUCUUUUGCGAUAAUUUUUUCACUUCAGUUUGACUGGCCGAAGAUUUGCUCUCCGACAAACUUUACUUUUGCGGAAAAACACGUGCAAACCGAACUGACUUUCCGUCGGCCUUGAAAGCCAACAAGCCCACAGUGAAAGUGCUUUGUCGUGGCGAAUCUCUCUUUCGUCGGAAAGGUGAUGUUGUAGCUUCUUUGUGGAAGGACAAGAAAGUCGUGGCUUUUCUCAGUACUCAGUGCAAUCCAAAUGGAAAUGAAAGCGUAGGCAGAAAACAGAAGGAUGGAACGUACUUCAAAGUUCCUUCUCUUCCCGUAGU